UCUUUAACAUCUAUCAAAAUGACUAUGAUAAAUUUGAUUAUUUCAAGAGGAUUUUUAUCUUCAUCAUCUCGAUAUGGAAAACGAAUAUUUACGAAAUUUUUAUUGUAUAAUAAAAAAGGGACAAAAUUAUUCAAACAAAAACAAGCUGUAAAUCCAGAUUCAAAGAUUUAUAUCGAAAAACGUGGAGUAAAAAAUACAGGUUAUAAAGUUGAUGAUCGAUUUCUACAGAUUCCUGAAAUGAUUCCAGAAAUAAUUGUUCCAAAUUUAAAAGGUUUUAAAUUAAAGCCUUACAUUAGCUAUAAAUGUGAGAAUGUUUCUCAGUCAAAAUUUACAGCAAAAGAUUUAUUUAAUGCUAUUUAUAGAGAAAAGAUUAUACAAGAUUUUAAUACUAAAAAAUUAGAUGUAUCGGGGCAACCAUUUAAUCCUAGUAAAGAGGAACAAAUUAAUAUAAAGGAAGCUAGAAAAAUAGCAAGUAAACCUGGUUCAGAUAUAUAUACAAGUUCUACAUUACCAUUAGGAACACUUUUAUCUGAAACAUUAAAAUAAAAAUUUGUCUAUUUUAUAAAACUGUGUUUCUGGUAUUAUAUUUAGU